AUGCUAUCCCUUGCAUCUUCUGUCCUCGGCCUGGCGGCUGCCGCGUCUCUGGCCACGGCUAGUCGGUUACCCAAUGUCCUUUUCAAAGAUGUUGUGAUUGUCGGUGGAGGUGCUUCUGGUGCCUACGCCGCUGUGCGACUUCGCGAUGACUUUGGCAAGAGUAUUGCUCUCAUUGAGAAGCAGAGCAUCCUUGGUGGUAUGGUCGACUCCUAUGUAGACCCCAAGACGGGCGUCCCCUACGACUACGGCGUCAAGAUUUUUCUUGAUGCCGGCAACGCGACGGGCUUCUUUGAGCGGUUCGGCAUCGCGAUGGGCAACUCCACCAACCCCACGGUCACAACGGAGUACAUCGACUUCCGAACUGGAAGUGUCGUCGACUUCCAGCUGCCCUCUUUUGCGGACCAGAUUGCGGCCAUGGCCAAAUUCCUCGAGGUGGUGGAGCCGUGGGAGCACCUUAUGCAGCCUGGCUACUACGACUUUCCCGAGCCAGGUGCCAUUCCCGAAGAGCUUCUCAUUUCGUUUGGUGACUUUGUAACCAAGUAUGGGAUUGAAGAUGCUGUCCCUCUGAUCUAUGAGAGUACCGGCCUGGGACUCGGUAACAUGACGCGGGAAACCACCAUGUUCGUUCUACAAUCGUUCGGGGCCCCCAUGGCUCGAGCAAUACUCGGCAAGCAAGGAAUGUUUGUCCCGGCUUCCGGUCGCAACCAGGACCUGUAUGAUGCCGUCGCCGAUCAUCUUGGGGAUGACGUGCUGUAUUCGAGCACUGUCAUUGACAGCUGGCGUACCGACCGUGGCGUCUUUCUUACAGUCAAGAAUGGCAAAACUGGCCAAAUCACCCUGAUCACAGCCCGCAGGCUCCUCCUCGCCAUCGAGCCGACUGCAGCCAACAUGGCGCCCUUCGACCUUGAUGAUAACGAGCGCACUGUCUUGUCCAAGUUUACAUACACCAACGAAUACACGGGUUUGGUGAACAACUCUGCCUUUGCGACCAGCUACUCCUACUUCAACCUCCCUGCCUCUGCCGCGCCCGACAAUUACCUUGCUCUGCCAAAUCCCUCGUUCACGGCUCGCAUUGACUACCUUGGCGGCGAUGGCUUGUUCAGGGUGACGGUUAUCGGUGACGACACACUCGACACGGCCGGCGCCAAACAACUGGUGCAAAAUGACUUUGAUACUCUCCAGAAAGCCGGCCGGCUGUUGCCCGCUGAGGAAGGGCAGCAGGUGAGCUGGGUCGACUUCUCUGCACAUGGCCCCAUGCAUGCCCGGGUGUCGGUUGCGGACUUGCGAGACGGCUUUUACCAGAAGCUGUACAAGCUGCAGGGAGGACGGUCUACCUGGUGGACCGGCGGUGCUUUCUCGGUCAAUUUUCAGACCACGUUGUGGCAGUAUGAUGAACUCCUUUUUCCUGAGAUUCUUGAAGGGUUGAACUAG